AAACUUCGCACUUGAAACACCACUACUCACUCUCUAUAAACUCAACAAAAAGUUCAGUUAUCUGAUCAAUCUGCAAUGGAGAGCCAAUCAUCUAUGAUGAAACAAUCACAGAUUAAAAGUGCUGAAACCUCAAAGAUUAAUGAGGAUGAAUAUGGGCCACUUUCCGGAGAAAAACCUUAUUGUGAUAUGUUUCUUUCAAAGACUAGUGUCAAACCCCCCUACAAUUUGUAUUUACCUAGGAAAAUGCAGAAGUGGCUUCCUUCAUCCGGAGCUCCUGUAGUCCUUACUUGUGGUAAAUACAAGUGGGAUGUGUUUUACGGUGGAGAAAAAUCUUAUCACAAAUUCAAUCGUACUGAGUGGAAAAAAUUCGUGACUGAUAAAAAUCUGAAGGAAGGAGAUGCAGUCGUGUUUGAACUUACAGAGUGCAGCGCUAACAAAAUUGAUUUAAGGGUUAUUGUUCUCAGGGAUGAUCUUCCAUAUGAAUUGAUUAUUAAAGAUGAAGAUAAGGAAGGUGCAAGAAGUGACAACCCAAUAAUACUUGGCUAAAAAUAGUCUUCUAAUUUUUAGAAGUUGUUGAUCAAUAAAUUUUAUUUUUUGCAAGAUUCAUCCGUAGUUCUAUAAAAUUUAUUUAAUGAGUUCUAUUUUUCUAUAAAAUGAUUUCUAUUGUAUUCACUUAUGUUAGUUGGGUCCAGUUACUGUUUAUUUUAAAAGAAUCGACUUUUUAUUUA